CCUCCUUUUCAUUAUCCCGCUAUUUUUCUUGACUACCGACCGCGAUGUGUGGGAUCUGUGCAGCGCACGGCAUCGAAAAGCCAGCAGCCGAGAGAGCGCAUUUCCUUGCUCUGUCCAAGAAGCUGCGCCACAGGGGCCCCGAUUGGUCGGGCUGCUAUGUCGGGACGCAGUCCAUCCUCUGCCAUGAGCGUCUGGCUAUUGUCGGUGUAGAUACUGGUGCUCAGCCCAUUGUCAGCGACUGCGGGAAGUAUACGCUCGCAGUCAACGGCGAGAUUUACAACCACAUCAAGCUGCGUGCCAGCGUAGACUAUAAGUUCAAAACACACUCUGACUGUGAAGUCAUUAUCCCUCUGUACAAGAAAUAUGGCAAGGACCUAUGCGAUCUUCUGGAUGGCAUGUUCUCGUUCGUCCUUCUUGACGAGUCAGUCACGCCGUCCCGUAUUAUUGCCGCACGUGAUCCCAUUGGGAUCACCACCCUCUACCAGGGCUGGAGCUCAAAACGCCCGGGGGCCGUUUACUUUGCCUCAGAGCUGAAAGCUCUGGUAGACGAAUGCGACGACAUCAUCUCGUUCCCUCCGGGGCAUGUCUACGAUAGCUCGGAUAACUCCACCACGAGAUAUUACCAGCCUUCGUGGUGGGAUGGUGACUCGGAUGCCCCUGACGCCCCCAUACCCACCGCCAAGGCUGACCUGACGAAGCUCCGGGAAACGCUCGAGAUGGCCGUCAAGAAGAGGCUGAUGUCCGAGGUGCCGUACGGUGUCCUGCUCAGCGGCGGCUUGGACAGCAGUCUCAUCGCUUCCAUUGCUGCGAGGGAGACCGAGAAGAUUGCCCAAGCACAGCACGAAGCUAGGCAGAGGAAGCUGGCGGAAGCCCAGAGCGGCCCCCCGACUCCUGUCGGUAACGGACUGGUAUCUGAAGAAGCUACUAUUGCUUCCUGGCCUCAACUUCACUCAUUCUCCAUUGGCCUCGAAAACUCCCCUGAUUUGCUUGCUGCACGGAAAGCAGCACAUUACCUCGGCACCGUCCACCACGAAUAUGUCUUCACCGUCCAGGAAGGUCUGGAUGCUAUUCCCGAUGUUAUUUAUCACCUGGAGACAUAUGACGUGACGACGGUGCGAGCGAGCACGCCCAUGUACCUCCUGAGCCGUAAGAUCAAGGCAAUGGGUGUCAAAAUGGUUCUGAGCGGGGAGGGUAGCGACGAGAUCUUCGGAGGCUAUCUGUACUUCCAUGCUGCACCCGAUGCCAAGUCAUUCCACCAGGAAUGCGUGCGUCGCGUGAAGAACCUGCACACAUCCGACUGUUUGCGGGCUAACAAGUCCACAAUGGCAUGGGGUCUUGAAGCCCGAGUGCCAUUCCUCGACAAGGCUUUCCUGGAUGUAGCCAUGAACAUCGACCCCAAGGAAAAGAUGUUCAGCAAAGGCUCCGCUCAGGAGGUCGACGAGGAUGGCAAGCCGAAGAUGGAGAAAUACAUUCUCCGCAAAGCCUUCGAUUGCGCACCCGAUGGAAAGCCGUAUCUGCCCCACUCCAUUCUGUGGCGACAGAAGGAGCAGUUCUCGGAUGGUGUCGGAUAUUCCUGGAUUGAUGGAAUGAAGGAUCACGCCGCUGCAGUCGUAUCAGACGAAGCCUUCGCAAAGCGGGCUGAGCGCUGGCCGCGGGACACGCCAGACACCAAGGAGGCGUACUUCAUCCGCGAGAUAUUCGAUGGCCUGUUCCCGACGGAAGCUGCCGCGAAGACGGCCGUGCGCUGGAUACCCCGAGGCGACUGGGGAUGCUCGUCGGAUCCCAGCGGUCGCAGCGUCAGUAUUCACCAAGCAGCCUAUCAACAGGAUAGUUAGAUAGGCGGCAGAAUGCAAUAGAAUCCUAUAGCUGUAUGAGUAAUACAAAGUAGUCUAUCAAGGAACACAACGGACGCGAACCGAUCGAGGGUAAACUGCGAGUGUUCAUCACAGGUCUGCCUUUGCUAGACCGAGAAUAAUAGUGUUCAUCAUGCAUACGGAGAAGCAAGCAGAUAAUUAAAGACGGACUGAUAAGAAAAGAUAUAAUGAAAACGAGAAAAUGCGAGGCAUUGCAUGGAAGAGGCCAACGGGUAAGGAAAGUGCUACGGUAUCGUGAAACAGGGGUAGUCAGCAACAUGAUUACAGAGCAGAGCGAGUAUAGGAGGCGAGUAUGCACAUGUCUGGUCGUGAGGAUCGGAAGAACGAGCAUUAUGGACGUGAAGGAAAGAGUCUAUGUGUCCAGGCGGGUCAAAGACGGAUUCUGGGCUAUGAUCUGGCGAUACAUUCCCACUCCCGAGUCUUCUGACGGAGCAGGAGACGCCAGAGAUUUGUUGUUGGACGUGACCGUCGCUUUCGUGGCUGCGCUUGUUUGCGAUAUGUUCCGGGUACGUUUAGCCGCAGUUGGCGUCGACGUGUUCGCCCGAGAGCUGCCAGUGCCUACCCACGCCGGCCUCCCUGGAUCCCGUGUCACGGUCGCCUUAGCAGAAUGGCCUUCGUCCGAUUGAGGUUGUCGGCGAGCAGAUGGGGUAGUGCGACCAGCAGGGGUACCUUGCGUACGACGACUAGCCGGACGUGCUGGGUUCGCCGUGUCCAUUAAUCGCGUGCCAAACUUGGCAUUGGCAGACGAUUCCCUUGCAUAAGCUGUUGACAUCGCCGGUGAAGCUCUUCGCGCUCCCGCGGGAGCCGCAGGUUUCGGCUUGACGACCGGUUUUUGAAUGGUGAUCUUGUCCGCGCCCCAGUAAGAGAAACUCAUUUUGCUCUUCCUAUCCGAAUCAUCCGAGUCCAUAGCCCUAUCCUCAUCAUCGUCUGGCAUUGGCACGAUUCUUGGCUGUGGUACGCCUGAAUGGUACUGUGCCUUAGAUCGCACAACAUCUUCCAUUGCUACCACACCCUCGCGAGGUUGAACAACAUGGCCGAUAUCC